CACAGAUGGUAGAAUGAAUUUGUAUGCGCUCCACUCAACAUGUGUAGCCCUACGGCGGUGACCUGGCCGCUCGGACUCACAGUUCACCACGGCCAGAAACUGUCAGUGGCGCUGGACGGCUUUGUGUCUGGUGGUCGGAGGUUCAAGUCCGGUGCCAGCAGACACGUGGGACAAAAAUUGCAGACAACGAUAGAAACAACUCCGGAGAAGUGCAAAACAAUAGACGAUCUACACGGACCUAGUUUGGCCACGACGGUGUAUUGGCUGUUCGUGAAGGGAUAUGCAGAUAAGAGCCAUGCGAUGCAGGUUGAACACAAGAAACUGUACGGGCCCAUCUGGCGCUCGCGGUUCGGCCCGUUUGAUGUGGUGAACGUGGCGUCUCCAGAGCUCAUAUCCCAGGUGAUCCGUCAGGAGGGCCGCUACCCGGUCCGGACAGAGCUGCCACACUGGAAGGAGUACCGCGAUAUGAGGGGACAGGCCUAUGGACUCCAUGUGGAUAAAGGCCCACAGUGGUACCGUAUCCGUAGUGUCCUGAAUCCAAAGAUGCUGAAGCUAGCGGAGGUGUCUGCGUACGCGCCUGUCAUCCACCAGGUGGUAGGGGACCUGCUACAGCGUAUUGAGAGGCUCCGCCUCCGCAGUCAGGACCACACCACCGUACCAGACCUCACCGCAGAGCUCUACAAGUUUGGCUUUGAAGGGAUCUCUUCCAUCCUGUUUGAGACGCGGCUGGGUUGUCUGCAGGAGGAGAUCCCUAAGGACACGCUGAAGUUCAUCGCUGCAGCCAACGACAUGCUAACUCUGUCUGAGACCGUCCUCUUCCUCCCGCUCUGGACACGCAAUGUCCUGCCCUUCUGGAAACGAUUUGUCCAAGCCUGGGACGACCUGGUGGCUGUAGCUCAGCGUCUCAUUGACCAUAAGUUGGCGCAGAUGGAUGCCCAGGUGCUGGCUGGGAAGCAGGUGGAGGGGAUGUAUCUCACCUACCUGCUGUCCUGUGAUAAACUGACCCUGGGAGAGGUGUACAUCAGCAUCACAGAGCUGUUGCUGGGCGGAGUGGACACGACGUCCAACACCUUGUCGUGGGCGUUGUACCAGUUGGCUCGCGACGCCGCGUCUCAGGACAGGCUGUACCGUGAGAUCAUGUCUGUGUGUCCGGGAAGACAGCAGCCCAGAUCAGAGGACCUGAGCAGGAUGCCCUACCUGAAGGCUGUCAUCAAGGAGACUCUGAGAAUGUACCCUGUAGUUCCAGGGAAUGGCCGUCUAACCGUAGACAAUGAAGUUGUUGUGGACAACUACUGGUUCCCAAAGAAGACCCAGUUCCAUCUCUGUCACUAUGCUGCCAGUCAUGACGAGGGGGAGUUUGUGGAUGCAGAGUGUUUCAGGCCUGACCGUUGGCUGCGAGGGGACCCAGAGUCGUACCAACACCACCCCUACAGCUCUAUACCCUUCGGGGUGGGCGUGAGAGCCUGUGUGGGCAAGAGAGUGGCAGAGCUAGAGAUGUACUUUGCCCUCUCCAGGCUGAUGCAGCAUUAUGAGAUCCAGCCAGAGGAUGGGGCCCCGACCACAGAGCCCAAGACUAGAACACUGCUCAUCCCAUCCAAACCCAUCAACCUGCGCUUCCUACCCCGAGCCUGAGGAGGGUGCCAGGGAGUUAUAGAAAGGGAUUGACAGGAGGGUCUGGUGUUGUGCUGUGCUGUGGUAACCUCCAGUCCCCUAGAUCCCCUUAAACAUAGCUGAAGUAGUUUGGGUGGGGGUGGGGGGAGGGGAUGCUGAAAAAUAAAGUUUGUUCAUGCUACAGACAGCUAUAUCGGUCUGAUAAUACAGGACUAGUAAAGGCUCAGUGCACAACUUUUGUGAAGAAAUUAUAUUUCCCCCCCACCCCUAUAUCCUGUGGCUAUGCCCUCAAACCAAAUCUGAUUCAUAUCAGGUUAUUCUGACACGGAACCCAAACAGGCUGCGCGCGUGCUCUAUCGUGCAUACAUUUAUUUGUCCCCCUACACCAAAUGCGAUCACGACACGCAGGUUAAAAUAUCAAAACAAACUCUGAACCAAUGACAUUCAUUUUGGGACAGGUCGAAAAGCAUUAAACAUGUAUGGCAAUUUAGCUAGUUAGCUUGCAGUUGCUAGCUAAUUUGUCCUAUUUAGCUAGCUUGCUGUUGCUAGCUAAUUUGUCCUGGGAUAUAAACAUUGAGUUGUUAUUUUACCUGAAAUGCACAAGGUCCUCUACUCCGACAAUGAAUCCACACAUAAAACGGCCAACCGAAUCGUUUCUAGUCAUCUCUCCUUCCAGGCUUUUUCCUCUUUGAAUUUAUAUGGUGAUCGCAUCUAAACUUUCAUAGUAUUACCACGACAACCGGCAUAACAGUUCGUCUUUCAAUCACUCACGUGGGUAAAGCCAAUGAGGAGAUGGCACUUGGGUACCUGCUUCUAUAAACCAAUGAGGAGAUGGGAGAGGCAGGACUUUCAGCGUGAUCUGUGUCAGAAAUAGAAAGGAGUUCUAUUUUAGCCCUUAGCAUUGCAGACGUUCGUUGGUGCGCGCACGAGCAGUGUGGGUGCAAUAAUUGAAUAUCAUGGAUUUCUACAUUUAUUUUCCGAUGCGCACGCGACGUGUGCGUUCUGGUCAGCAUGUGAGGUGUAUAACUGGGGCCUUUGCUCUGUUGACCUUUACUAUGAAGCUAAUACAUAUAGAGUAAUCUGCCCUGUAAUAAAUGCACAUUGGUGUCGAGGAGAAAUGUAUCACUGUGUGUGUGUGUGUGUGUGUUUGUGUGUGUGUGUGUGUGUGUGUGUGUGUGUGUGUGUGUGUGUGUGUGUGUGUGUGUGUGUGUGUGUGUGUGUGUGUGUGUGUGUGUGUGUGUGUGUGUGUGCUUGUGAAUGGCAUUAUAAUAUCAUCUGUGCUAAUACACCUUGUAUAUUUGUCUAGGGUAUUGGUCAUCAACUUUUACUUCAUUAAAAGUCUUUAUGAAAUGUGAA